GUCCAUUUCUUCCUUUCCUACCUCACCAUCCUGAACUAAAAUCAAACCGGAAUUUCGUACUUAGCAGUUUGUUAAUCUUUAUAUUCACACAUCGUAACGGAUGUGUUAUGUUGCACACAAACUUCUGCAGUUUAAAUGUUGGAUAUAGCAAAAGCAAAAUAUAUAGAUAGUGAGCAUUGAUCAGUUUAAAAUAUGAGUGGUAAGAGAGAAGAUAAACAACCAAUUGUUGUUGAGUUGCAUGAUAAUAAUCAAGCAACAGACAACCCGGGAGGAACCUUUAAGGAUGAAUCUGAGUCAAAAGAAGGAAUGAAGCCGACAGGAGAAGAAUCCUCUAUCGAAGAAACACAAAAUAUGGACCAGGACAAAACUUUCGAAGCAGGAACUUCUGCUAGCGGACAUACAGAAAGUCCUCCACAUGACAAAAGUUGCGAAGCAGAAAUUCCUGCUAGCGGACAUACAGAAAGUCCUCCACAUGAUGAAGGGAGCAUUUCGGCUAGAACAGUUACUGGACGGAAAACAGCUUGCCUGAUGCGUUGUUUAAUAUGGAUUCUUCGUUAUCCGUGUACAUGUUCCAAACAAAAAGUGUCUAUAAAUUUUAUUGGUGCACUAUGGAUGGGGUUUGACCUUAUAAAGAUCAUUUUGGUAUCAAUAUACGUGUGCAAGGUUGCGGAACACAGAGGCAGAUUCAGCGUGUUGGUAAACCAUGGACAUGUUACACUCAGGCACAUGUUGCUACGUGGCUGGGAUGCAAGUUUUGAGACGUUGCCCUACCCACCAGCGCAUGGGGAAUUCGCCGUUUACAAUGUGGAAGACUUAGUAAAAAGUAUCGACUACACAGUUCAGCAGUUGUACAAUGCUGAAGUGGCGGCAACUGGUAAUUUCAUGAAACUCAGAAAAGAUGACAUCAUAAUUGCCUUUACAUAUUUCAAUGUUACAGAGAACAAAUCGAAACAAACAUUUUCAAAUCUGAAAAUUAAAGGGUCUAGUGUUUCACCCAAGUAUGGUCUAACAAAUCGGACCGAUGCACGUGGACAACCUGUUUACGACUAUAACAUUCACAGUGAAUUGAUUGCUGAAAAUCUAGAUUCCAUUUUUCAAACUGUCUUAUCUGUGAAAAUCAGCUUUUCCUUACACUCACUGAAAGUUUACGACGAACAGGAUAGGAAAGGACAAGCUACUUGUCUUCAGAUUAAUGGAACG